AUGAUGACUCAUCAAUCAGAGAAGCUCAACGACAAUGAAAGUUCAAGUGAUGAUGAAUCAAUGACACAAGAUUCUCCUGUCAAUGAUGACAGAAAUGAUGAUGAUUAUGUCAAUGUUGAAUUUAAUGAUCUGAAUGAAGAAGAGAAAGAAAAUCCACAUAUGGACAGUGGUAUCACAGCUGAGCCAAACGACGAUGAUGAAUCACCACGUGCUGAUGAAACAACUGAUCCUGAAUCAAUGGAUGAAGAUAUAUGCCAUGCUUUUUAUGAACUUGAACAUCAAAAAGAAAAAGCGAUGGAACAAUUAUCAAAUGUAUUUCAACUAUUGAACAUAGACCCGAUCCAUGACAGAUCAGCAGUAUUACCCAUUCGAGCCAAAGUCGAUGAAGUAUAUAGAAAACUUAAUCGAUUAUGUGACGUAUUAGAUGAAAAAUCUCAAGUUUCGUAUGAUCCAAAUCCUCAUGGAUUAAGGAUAUGUGAAUCAAAUGAUCUUUUGGAUGGAUUAAAGAAGUUAUAUGCUGAUAGUAAUGACAGUGAACAAGUUCGUUUGAUGACAAUUGCUCCCAAAGAAUGGGGUCGACAAAAAAUUGAAAAAUGGUUCAACUCAAAGUCAAAUCAGGCUCGACCAUCGCUUGUUCUUCGAAAAAAUAAUGGGAUAUUAGCUUAUCCACAAUGUCUACGAGGAAAUAUUCCUUUAUCUGAUUCAACAAUUGAUGCUGUAGUCAAUUUCUAUCGUGAAGAUGGUAUUAGUCGAACCUCAUCCAAUUCCAAAGACACAAUUAAAAUUAAAGGACAACCAGUGGCAGUUCGGUUUUUAGAAAUGAGUGUCUUGGAUGCUUAUCAUAUCUUCAAUGAACGACAUCCUGGAACUGUUGCAAGAUCAACUUUUAAUGCUCUUCGUCCACGUGAAGUAAAAACUGUAACACCACAUGAAACGUGCAUGUGUAUUAUACAUGAGAACAUGGAUCUAUUAUUGAAGGUUUGUACCAGCUGUAUAUUGAUUCGAAUGUAACGUAGCUUUAUUACAGGGAUGGAACAACUACUACCGAAAAUGUGUCAAUGCAGGUUCUUGGUCAACUGGUGGCAAGGUCAAUAUGAAAGAUCUAAUUACUCAAAUGGCUUGCACUGUCUCGAAUGAAAAGUGCUUUAAUGGUGAAUGUGAUGAAUGUCCAACUGAAAGCAUCACAGAUAUUCUCACAGAUAACAAUAUGAUCGAUUUGGAUGACGAAUGUUCAUGGAAUUUGUGGAAGAAAGUCAAUAACAAGUUCGACCUUCAACAGAUGUCUGGCUCAACUGACUCUUUAUUAACGGAAAUUGAAGAAAGAUGGUCUCCAUUCUUGCUUCACACACACAUUAAUCGCGAACAACGUGAAUAUAUCAAAGAGCUACGCUGUCAAUCAACAGAAAAGACUUUCGUUGUUGCUCAAAUAGAUUUUUCAAUGAAUUAUACAUUGGUUCGGCAGCGUGAAGUUCAACAAGGAUUUUUUAGUCAGCACCAAGUUACCUUAUUUACAAUUCAUCUGACCAUUGGAAAAGAACAACGAAAUUUAGCGAUCAUCAGUGAUUAUAUGGAACACACAACGGUAUUCGUACACUGUGUACAAAAAAUUCUCACUCGAUUUAUCAAGAAAAAUUUUCCGUUGGUAAAGAAGAUCAAUUAUGUGAGGUAAGUUUUACUGUUUUUGAAGUUUAUGUAUGACGUCAAUCCUUUCCUUUUCUUUAGCGAUGGUGCGUGUGCACAUUUCAAAAACAAUGCCAGCAUUUUGAACCUAAUCCACCACAAGAUCGAUUUUGAUUUGGAUGCUUGUUGGACAUUUACAGCUACAGGACAUGGUAAGGGUGCUGGCGAUGGAAUUGGUGCGGUACUCAAGUCCACGGCUAGACGUGCUACACUUUCCAAGAACAUUCUCAUGUCAAAUGCAAAAGACUUCUACGAAUUCACCCAGAAACAACAACUUGAAACGGCAAGAAGAUCUAACAAGGAUAUUCCUGGUGUUCAUGUGUUCUUUUUUGAAUCAGAUGAAGUAGAAGAAGCGAAGAACAGUUAUCUGCAAGCUAGAAGCGAAAAACUUCGAGCAGCUGGUGAGAAAGACUUUCUCUUCUAUUCCUUAAUGUCUGUAUUUAUUUAGGUACAAUACAAGGCAUUCGAAGUAUGCAUGAAUUCAAACCAAUCAACAAUUCAACUGUUCAAUAUAGUUUGACAUCUCGGUCAACAAAGAUCAGGACAUUUACAUUCAAAUAAAAAUCUUCUUUAUAUCUUUUUCAGUCAAUCAAAUUUUUUAAAAUCAACUCUGAUGAUGAUACUCAGUAUUCAGAUAUAAAGGAUAGCCCUCUUCAUCUCCUCCUUAUACUAGAUUUCUGUAGUCUUAUGUUCAUGGAUAACCAGAAAAUGACUGAGCAUUCAAAACGUUCAUUAGGAUUGAUCUGAUGUACCUCAAGAAACAUGUUUCUAGACUUUGUUUAUAUUUUUGAAAGCCAAAAAAACCCGAAAAAAUUGUUUUUAAAAAAUUUCUAUCCUAUUUCAUGCCAUUUUCCCUAUAUAUAAAAGUACACCAUAGGUGUUCCGAGAAAAUGCUCGAAAACUCGGAAUUUUUGAUAGACAGCAUUUAAUUUUUUUUUGACCAAAAGUGUUUUCUAGUCGAGAUCAGCCUUUUGAACAAAAAAAAAUCGAAAAAAAAGACCUUUCCAAAAAGUGGAUGGGUCUCCAUGGAUUCACCCAUAAAAUUCAGUCUGGAACCCCUUAAAGCUGUAACACAGCAGGAGCUACACUGUUUUAUUUCGAUUGAUCAAAAUGA